AUGUCCAACAAAAUUAGGAAAAGAAACACUACAAAUGACAGCAGUAAAAUCUGGUGGGUGACAUUUGGAUUACUUUGUGGAGCCACUUUUGUGACAAGAUUUUAUAAAGUACUAGAACCUGAUCAUGUUUGUUGGGAUGAAACACAUUUUGGAAAGAUGGCUAGUUGGUACAUCAACAGAACCUUCUUCUUUGACGUGCAUCCACCACUCGGCAAGAUGCUGAUAGCCUUGUCUGGUAAACUGACAGGCUAUGACGGCACAUUCCCAUUUGAAAAACCAGGUGACAAAUAUGAAAAUGCCAAAUAUGAAGGAAUGAGAAUAUUCUGUACAACACUGGGAGCACUGGUGAUACCAUUGACAUUUUUGACAAUAUGGGAAAUGACGAAAUCAUUGGAAUCUACAUUUAUAGGCACUGUCUUGUUGCUGUGUGAUGUUGGAUUUCUAACUCUAAACAGGUAUAUUCUGUUGGAUCCAAUACUAUUGUUUUUUAUGAGCUGUUCAAUAUAUGGCGCUUUUAAGGUCAGGACUUUAACUGAGGAAGGCCUACAGCCAUUCUCGAUUCGAAUGCUCGCUUGGCAGGUAUUUCUAGGAGCUGCUAUUGCUAGCACUAUAUCUGUCAAGUUUGUUGGAUUGUUCAUAGUACUAUUUGUAGGCCUGAGAACUAUUGCGGACUUGUGGAACAUUCUUGGCGAUUUAGAAAAACCUGUUAGUCUUACAAUUAAACAUUUGAUUGGCAGGACAGUGACAUUGAUUGUAUGGCCAAUGAUACUUUAUGUUUUCUUUUUCUGGAUACAUCUGACUGUCCUCAGUAAAAGCGGAAAUGGCGACGGUUUUUAUUCGUCCGGAUUCCAAGCUCGUCUGGAAGGUAACAGCUUGCAUAAUGCGAGCGCUCCCAGAGUUUUGGCAUACGGAGCGCAGAUAACGUUGAAAAAUCAUCGCACUGGCGGAGGGUACUUGCACUCACAUCAUCAUCUGUAUCCUGCUGGAACGGGGGCCAGGCAACAACAGGUCACAACAUACACGCACAAAGACGACAACAACCGUUGGCUGGUGAAGCCUUUCGACCGCGAAAUCGUAUCGGGAGUAGUGAUCGUACGCAGUGGAGACUUAGUGCGACUAACACACGUAGCCACCGGACGAAACUUACAUUCACACCGCGAGAGGGCGCCACUCACUACCAAGCAUAUGCAAGUUACUGGCUACGGAGAGGAUGGAAUCGGAGAUGCAAAUGACGUAUGGAAAGUAGUAAUAUCGGGAGGAAAGGACGGCGAAGAAGUGCAGACAGUGAAGAGCAAACUCAUGUUUGUACAUUACUUGCAGGCAUGUAUUCUUACAACAACUGGUAAACAACUGCCGAAGUGGGGCUACGAGCAACAGGAGGUGGCCUGCAACCCCAACCUGAGGGAUAAGAACGCCCUGUGGAACGUCGAAGAUAACGUCUUCGAAGACCUGCCAAAAGUGAGUUUCGAAGUGUAUGCGUCUGGUUUCAUGGAGCGGUUCUUGGAGUCGCACGCGGUGAUGUUCCAGGGGAACGCGGGCCUCAAACCUAAGGAGGGGGAGGUAACGUCACAACCCUGGCAGUGGCCUAUCAACUAUAGGGGUCAGUUCUUCUCUGGCAGCGCUCACAGAAUCUACCUGCUGGGCAACCCGGUGGUCUGGUGGACCAACCUGGUCUUCCUGGCCAUAUUUUUUGUGGUCUACACCGUCAACUCCAUCAGGCAGAAAAGAGCUGAAGCAUUUGGUAAACCGAUACAAACUGGUAAAGAGUAUGAUCUUCUGAAUGCCGCUUGUUGGAAUUUCAUGGGGUGGGCUCUUCACUACGUGCCCUUUUGGGCGAUGGGGCGGGUGUUGUAUUUCCACCAUUACUUCCCUGCUCUGGCGUUCAGCUCCAUGCUCACAGGUAUCCUGACAGAAUACUUGCUGAAAAGCAUUAGUAGCUACCUCAGUCAAGAGCUCGGCAGAACAGUGUACCACUGCGCGAUCGGUGUCAUCAUAUCCACCACUGUUUACAGUUUCUAUAUGUUCUCGCCCCUAGCUUAUGGCAUGAGUGGCCCUCUGGCCCACGAGCCUAAUUCUACCAUGGCAGGACUUAAAUGGCUAGAGUCUUGGGAAUUUUAA